AUGGCUUUCAUGCAGAAGACCGCCGUCAACGUCGUCUUGGGCGCCAUGACAACCGGCAAGCCAGGCCCGGUUGCGGCGAGGCAUGGGUUUAGCGAGGCGGAGUGUGCGCCGAGGUGGAUGAUGCAUGAUAGCCUUUUGAAGAGGGAGAAGGGUGAUGCGGUUAUUAUUGGCGUGAGUAGUACGAAGCAUCUCGAGGAGAAUUUGGCGGAUAUGGAGAAGGGGCCAUUGCCGGAGGAGGUGCUGCAGGCGCUGGAUGCUGGGUGGGAGAGGGAGAGGGGGGAGGCGGGGAGCUACUGGCAUUGA